AUGAACCUCACCAAAUCAGCACUUCUAGUUUUCUUGGCUUGUGUAUGCCAGUUCGCGAUUGCAAAGUGUGACAAGGGUCAAGUGAAUGCUUGCGCGACUUCCAGUGGCGACCUUUACCUGCCAAAGGAAAAUGAUCCAGGUUGUCGAAUCACUGUGUCCGAAAAGCACUACUGCUGUCCCUCGAACAUUCCCAAGAACCCUACUCCACGACUGGGCUUCGCGAUCAGGCUCUACGGCUGUAGAGCCAACAACUAUUAGCGGCCAGGUUCAUCUUUCAAAACAAAUGUUUCCGAUUCGAAAUAUCUCUAUUGUUUCUCCUACAUUAUGUUUUCCG